AUGGAAGACAACCAACAAAUCCAACCCCUCCAACCUAAACCCCCCAUCCCAGAUACACCAACCCUUCCAGAAACAGACACAGAGCUCUCACAAACACCAAAUACAGAAACUAAUAACAAAGCCAUAUGCCUUGUGGAUGAUAACCAACCUCAGUCUUCGGAGUUAAUGGUUGUUACUCCAGCCCCACCUUUAACCUUGCCUGCACAACCUAAACCAAUGGAAAUUGAACUAUCUGCAAAUACAUCCUGCCACCACAAACAUCCCAAACUCCUGCAACAAUCACAAACCAAGCUAUGGAAAAGAUCUACAACCAGAGUGGGAAGGCUCUUGAGACAAGACACUAAAUCACCACAGUCCACUACACCCAGUAGUGGGAAAAGAUCCAGAGCUGAUAAAGAAAGACACCAGCAGAGCAGACGAAACCCGCGGCUGGAGGCUACGGUGGACGGGAUGACGACCACCACCAAGGUCGGCGAGAGAGACAGUGUUGCGGUUAUCGCUUCCAUCCUGCACCCGCAAGGCUUUGAAAGGAGCAGUAGAGAUGCAGUCCAGUCCCACCGACAGAGACUAUAG